CUGACUUUUCCCAACAGUAAAGACGACAAGCUCCACAUCAACGUCGUCGUUAUCGGCCACGUCGAUUCCGGCAAGUCCACCACCACCGGUCACCUGAUCUACAAGUGCGGUGGUAUCGACACUCGUACCAUCGAGAAGUUCGAGAAGGAAGCCGCUGAGCUCGGCAAGGGUUCCUUCAAGUACGCCUGGGUUCUUGACAAGCUGAAGGCUGAGCGUGAGCGUGGUAUCACCAUCGAUAUCGCUCUCUGGAAGUUCCAGACCGCCAAGUAUUCCGUCACCGUCAUUGACGCCCCCGGUCACCGUGACUUCAUCAAGAACAUGAUCACUGGUACCUCCCAGGCCGACUGCGCUAUCCUCAUCAUCGCCUCCGGCACUGGUGAGUUCGAGGCUGGUAUCUCCAAGGAUGGCCAGACUCGUGAGCACGCUCUGCUCGCUUUCACCCUCGGUGUCCGUCAGCUCAUUGUUGCCCUCAACAAGAUGGACACCUGCAAGUGGUCCGAGGACCGCUACAACGAGAUUGUCAAGGAGACCUCCAACUUCAUCAAGAAGGUUGGCUACAACCCCAAGACCGUCCCCUUCGUCCCCAUCUCCGGCUUCAACGGUGACAACAUGCUCGAGCCCUCCUCCAACUGCCCCUGGUACAAGGGUUGGGAGAAGGAGACCAAGGCCGGCAAGACCACUGGCAAGACCCUCCUCGAGGCCAUCGACGCCAUUGAGCCCCCCGUCCGUCCCUCCAACAAGCCCCUGCGUCUUCCCCUCCAGGAUGUCUACAAGAUCUCCGGUAUUGGCACAGUUCCCGUUGGCCGUGUCGAGACUGGUAUCAUCGCUCCCGGCAUGGUUGUCACCUUCGCUCCCGCCAACGUCACCACUGAGGUCAAGUCCGUUGAGAUGCACCACCAGCAGCUCAAGGAGGGUGUCCCCGGUGACAACGUCGGCUUCAACGUCAAGAACGUCUCCGUCAAGGAGGUUCGCCGUGGUAACGUCGCUUCCGACUCCAAGAACGACCCCGCCGCUGCUGCCGCUUCCUUCAACGCUCAGGUCAUUGUCCUGAACCACCCCGGUCAGGUCGGCGCUGGUUACGCUCCCGUUCUGGACUGCCACACUGCCCACAUUGCCUGCAAGUUCUCUGAGCUCCUGGAGAAGAUUGACCGCCGUACCGGUAAGUCCGUUGAGGACCACCCCAAGUUCAUCAAGUCCGGUGAUGCCGCCAUCGUCAAGAUGAUUCCCUCCAAGCCCAUGUGUGUUGAGGCCUUCACCGACUACCCCCUCUCGGCCGUUUCGCCGUCCGUGACAUGCGCCAGACCGUUGCCGUCGGUGUCAUCAAGUCCGUCGACAAGUCUGCCGGUGGUGCCGGUAAGGUCACCAAGGCCGCCCAGAAGGCUGGCAAGAAAUAAAUGAUUUGCGGAUGACCAUAAGCG